AUGUAUGGUUAUGGAUACCUGUAUCAGGAUGCAUGUUCACAACAACAACUCCAGAAAUCGAUUGGUGGCAUGUAUCAAACUCCUGAUGUUUUAAGACCAGGUACAAUAAUAACCCUUGAUGGUCGAUGGAUGAGUGUUGGUACUACGUCUAAUGGAUCAUUAUCGUCGGAUUGUGAUAUAAAUAAUAUGACAAUUUGUCAUAUGGAUAACAGUACAAGUAUGAUUCAAGAUAAACAUGAAUGCUUUUUCAAUCGCACAGAUAUUGAUCGAUACAGUAAAGAAAUCUUGAAUACAAAUGCCAUCACUUUGAUCGUGUUGGACAUGCCAUUUCGCAAAAAACAGCUCUUUACGGCGAAGCAAGCUGCUGAUAUCUUCAGAGAUGACGACGACGAUGAUGAUAGCGAUUCAGAAUCGCUGCAAGUCGUCGAUAUUUUGCCGCAAUCGGCGGACGAUAGCGAUUUCCCCGAUGAUGGCGACGAUGACGAUGAAUGUGUUCCAAAAGAUGCCUCGGAAAUUGCUGGUAAAUUGUUUUACUAA